GCUCGGCGGAAACGGAAAAGGUGAUAUGGAGCCAACAUGGCGGACAGGCUAACGCAGCUUCAGGAUGCAGUUAACUCCCUGGCGGAUCAGUUCUGUAAUGCGAUUGGAGUCCUGCAGCAAUGUGCCCCACCUGCCUCCUUCAGCAACAUCCAGACCGCCAUCAAUAAAGACCAGCCCUCCAACCAAACAGAAGAAUACGCCCAGCUGUUUGCAGCACUGAUAGCAAGAACAGCAAAAGAUGUUGAGGUGCUGAUUGAUUCUCUGCCCAGUGAAGAAUCUACUGCUGCACUGCAGGCUGCCAGUCUGAGGCAGUUGGAAGAGGAGAACCAGGAAGCUGCGGCCCGUCUGGAGGAAGUAGUUUACAGAGGAGACAUGCUGCUGGAGAAGAUUCAGUCAGCUCUAGCAGACAUCGCUCAAUCACAGCUACGCACACGCAGUGGAGCCCCGAGUCAGCUGACACCACCAGAGUCAUGACAGCGACCGACCAACCAAACAUGGACUAUAUCACACAGCAGGGAUUUUAUACUCCUCCUUCAUUGAUCGCAGGAGAGCAUGUGUUAAAUGUAGAGUGUUUCUGAUUGUUUCCCAUCGCAUGUCUUGAUUUAUAUGACCUCUGACAUCCUUUUCUACCUGAUAAAUGUAAAUGUUCAGCAUCCAUCAGCCUUUUUCAGACAGUUGGCGUCUGGGUAAUUUUUUUGUUUUGCUAUAUUUAAUGAUGUUU